AAAAAACCGUGCGUUGAUAAACUAUUGUUUGGUGAUAACACAGAAUAAAACAACCGUGUUAUCAUCUAUUCUGUGGUUUGAUUGCCGGCAUAGAUAAUAUUGUUUAUAGUUCUCUAUAGUAAGUUCUAUACAGUAUACACUGCAGACAAUUUUUCAUAGACUUCACACAAUUAUACGUUACGGUCUAGGACAUUUUCAUAAUAUAGGCUGUGGCAGUGUGCCUUUAACAGUUUAAUGUUUUUCAGAGAAGAGAGAACACAGUAAUCAAUAAUUGGCACUAUUUAUAUAGUAUUUGGCAAUAUCGCGGUACGUUACAUAUGUAGUGUGUGGUGUGUCUAAUGCACAGAUCUAUAACUAUAGAAGCUCUGUUCAACAAUAUUAAAAUCCUGGAAUAAAGAUUUUUUGGAAUUUGAACUAUGGCAAACGAAGAGCGAUACCUUCCAUUGUGGAUGACAGAAAAACAAGUUAUAAAAGAAACAAAAGAGUUUGUGCAGUUUGAAGGACAAAUUAAACAGUGUAUAUAUCCAAAUAUGUUAGCAUCGUAUGCAGAGGAAAUUUUGACCAAAAUUGAGUCUAGCGAGAUGUCUGAAAUUGUUUAUGGCUUUGAUAUGGAAUGGCCAGUAUCUUUUAACGGAAAAUCAAAAAAAACUGCUCUUAUACAAAUUUGCACUGACCAUUAUACAUGUUAUUUAUUCCAUGUAUAUCAUAUCAUAAAUCUCCCAUCAAUAUUUGUGCAGCUCAUUAAUCAUCCAAAAGUUAGAUGGUCUGGUGUAUUUAUUAAAAAUGAUUUUUCAAAGCUUGCAAGAGAUUUUGACAUUGAUGUUACUGGCGCUUUAAAUGGUAUUAUUGAUUUAGGAACUUACACAAACAACGUUUUGGAUUUUGAUUUGUCUACUAGAUGGAGUAUGGCCAAUUUGGUUCGACAUUUACUUAAAAAAGAUAUUAAUAAAGACUCAAAUGUUCGUAUUAGCAGUUGGGAAAACAUAGAUUUAGAUCAAAAUCAAUGUAUGUAUGCAGCAACUGAUGCUUUUGUAUCCUUAAUAUUGUAUGAACAUCUAAGAAGAUUUGAUAAAGAAAAUGAACUCCAGAUUAAUUAAAUUAUUAAAAUUAGGGCAAAUGAAUUACGAUUCAUGUCUUAAAUUGCAAAACCAUUUAUCAGAUUCCCUAAAAACAUCAGCCAUUGACAAAUGUGGUUAUCUCCUUAUUGUAGAACAUGAACCUGUUUAUACGGUAGGUAUCAGACAAAAAGACUACGAUUCACUUUUACAGGACAAUUUAAUUAAACUGGGUGCAGAAUUCAAACGUACUAACCGAGGCGGUCUAAUCACUUUCCAUGGUCCUGGACAACUGAUUGCUUAUCCAAUUUUAAAUUUAAAAACAUUUAAUCCUAGCAUUCGGUGGUAUGUUUCAAAUUUAGAAACAACUAUAAAAAAUCUUUGCAAUGAGACAUAUGGACUUACUGCAACUACUACAUCUGACACCGGAGUCUGGAUAGGUAAUCAUAAGAUCUGU